AUGGCCAACUCCGGUAUUCAACUGUUGGGAUUUUUCCUGUCGUUAAUUGGCAUCGUCGGACUGAUCAUCGGGACCAUCCUGCCGCAGUGGAAGAUGUCUGCGUACAUCGGGGACAACAUCAUCACAGCGGUGGCCAUGUACCAGGGGCUGUGGAUGUCAUGCGCUUUCCAGAGUACCGGACAGCUCCAGUGUAAAAUCUACGACUCCAUCCUGCAGCUCGACAGUUCACUUCAGGCCACUCGAGCCUUGAUGAUAGUUGGCAUCAUCGUGUCCAUUGCAGGGCUGGGUGUGGCCUGUAUGGGAAUGAAGUGCACCACCUGCGUAGGGAGUGACAAACUACGCAAGUCCCGCAUCGCCAUGACAGGAGGCAUCAUCCUCCUGGUGGGCGGUGAGGAUGGAAAUGCUCCUAUAGAAUUUUUACCCAAACUUUUAAACCAAAUGUUUAACAUAGAAGCACUUUCUCUCCUCUCAGGGCUCUGUGCCAUCGUGGCGUGCUCCUGGUUUGCUCACAAUGUCAUCCGGGCUUUUUAUAAUCCCUACACUCCUGUCAACACCAAAUUUGAGUUUGGUGCGGCCAUCUUCAUUGCGUGGGGCGGCUCCCUCCUAGACGUCCUGGGUGGGGCCAUGUUGGCUGCCUCCUGUCCGAGAAAGAAGCAGGUGUCCAAAUAUCCAUCCAUGGGAGGUUCCCGCUCCGGCCCUCCGAGCAGCACUAAGGAGUACGUCUGAGAGCGCCCCCCACCCUACAGCCUGGGGCUCAGACAACAACUUGUUGCAGCAUCAGCGAGGAGUAAAAGUGAAGGCGUAUGGGCAGUUGUGAAUCACAGACAGAUGCGACAGAUGUUACUGAAAUGGGACUUUCUUUACUUUUUCUCCAGGCCUUUGAUAACCCCUUGAUUAUCAGGCAGAAAUCUCAAUUGUUUCAUGAAUGAUGUCUCACACUCCGUCCACAAAUUCCACAGUUGUUUACAAGCGGUCUUCACAAAUACAUUAUAAUUGGAUCCCCUGAUUUAAUAGACAACCCCUGGGGUGUAACCUCUUGAAUUGUGGCCUAAAUGAUGGAUUAUAGCCAACACUUGCACAUCCAUGUUAGAACCAGCAUCUAUUUGCGUUUGCCAUGUAAUUGAAAGUAAUCAAUUCCA